UGGUGCUUGUUUGUUGAAAUGCCUCACAAAGAUGGUGUUUUAUGGAAUGUCAUGCUUCAUGGUUAUGUUAAAAAUGGAGAAUCGAAGAAUGCUGUUGGAAUGUUCUUGGAAAUGAGAAAUAGUGAAAUUAAGCCUAAUGCAGUGACGUUCGCUUGCAUUUUGUCUGUUUGUGCCUCAGAAGCUAUGAUUGGUUUUGGUACUCAGCUUCAUGGGCUAAUUGUUGCUUCUGGGUUGGAGUUGGAUUCUCCAGUGGCUAAUACAUUGUUAGCAAUGUAUUCAAAAUGCCAGUGCUUGUCUGAGGCUCGCAAAUUGUUUGAUAUGAUGCCACAAACUGAUUUAGUGACAUGGAACGGAAUGAUAUCUGGGUAUAUACAAAAUGGGUUUAUGGUUGAGGCUUCACGCUUGUUUCAAGCGAUGAUUUCUUCUAGUGUCAAACCGGACUCAAUCACAUUUGCAAGUUUUCUACCAUCGGUUGCUGAACUGGCUAGCCUCAAGCAAGGUAAGGAAAUUCACGGUUACAUUGUAAGACACUGUGUGCCUUUGGAUGUGUUCUUGAAAAGUGCACUGAUUGAUGUAUACUUCAAGUGCAGGAAUGUGGAUAUGGCACGCAAAAUUUUCAACCAAAGCACCAGAACUGAUGUUGUCAUGUGCACUGCUAUGAUUUCAGGGCUCGUUCUCAAUGGGAUGAAUAAUGAUGCAUUGGACAUUUUUAGAUGGUUACUUAAAGAGAAAAUGCGACCGAAUUCUCUAACCUUGGCAAGUGUUUUACCAGCUUGUGCUGGUUUGGUUGCUCUGAAAUUGGGAAAGGAAUUGCAUGGAAACAUCCUCAAGCAUGGGCUUGACGGAAGGCUUCAUCUGGGAAGUGCGCUUACAGACAUGUAUGCAAAAUCUGGAAGAUUGGAUCUUGCUCAUCAAGUUUUUGAAAGAAUGUUUGAAAGGGACACCAUAUGUUGGAACUCAAUGAUAACAAGCUAUUCCCAGAAUGGCAAGCCAGAAGAGGCCAUUGAUAUAUUUCGUCAAAUGGGGAUGGCAGGUGCCAAGUAUGACUGUGUAAGCAUUUCAGCUGCUCUUUCUGCUUGUGGAAACUUACCGGCACUUCAUUAUGGGAAAGAGAUUCAUGGUUUCAUGAUUAGAAGUGCAUUUAGGUCUGAUCUGUUUGCUGAGAGUGCACUGAUAGACGUGUAUGCCAAAUGUGGAAACUUAGUUCUUGCUCGCCGUGUGUUUGACAUGAUGGAAGAGAAGAAUGAAGUUUCCUGGAACAGCAUUAUUUCUGCUUAUGGGAGUCACGGUUGCCUUCAGGACUCUGUUGUCCUGUUUCGUGAAAUGUUGGGUAAUGGGAUCCUGCCUGAUCAUGUCACCUUUCUUGGUAUAUUAUCUGCUUGUGGCCAUGCAGGCCAAGUUGAUGAUGGAAUUUUCUACUUCCGUUGCAUGAUUGAGGAAUAUGGGAUCCCAGCUAGGUUGGAGCAUUAUGCUUGCAUGGUAGAUCUAUUUGGGCGUGCUGGACGUUUAAGUGAAGCAUUUGAAACAAUAAAGAGCAUGCCAUUCUCCCCAGAUUCUGGUGUCUGGGGAACAUUGCUUGGAGCUUGUCGGGUCCAUGGCAAUGUUGAGCUUGCUGAAGAGGCAUCAAGACAUCUCUUUGACGUAGAACCACAAAAUUCUGGGUAUUAUAUACUACUCUCAAAUAUACAUGCUGAUGCUGGAAAAUGGGGGAGUGUGCUUAAGGUUAGAAGUUUGAUGAAGGAAAGAGGAGUUCAGAAGGUUCCUGGGUACAGUUGGAUCGAGGUUAACAACAGAACUCAUAUGUUUGUUGCAGCAGAUGGAAGUCACCCACAGUCUGCUCAGAUAUAUUCAAUGCUCAAGAGUCUUCUUCUUGAACUGAGAAAAGAGGGUUAUAAUCCUCAACCCUAUCUUCCUACACAUCCACAAACGUCGGGGAUGUAACUACUGGAAAGUUUCAUUGUCUCCUCUAAUCCUAGCAACUUCAGGAUUAGGAAUAUGGUGCUGGCUCUGUGAAUUAUGGUAAGUCAGGGAAUGAAAGGUUGUUGAACUAUUCUAUUUUACCAAUUGCUAGAUACAUUUUUUAUGUGCGUACUCGGAUCUACAGUUGUCACCUGUAAUGAAUGAAGCUUAAAGUUUUUGUCAUCUGCUUUCUUGCAUUGGUUGGAAGCACAACAGUGAAAGUUAGAUGAAUCAAAAGUUCUUCCUAUACAAAACUCCAAAGCUAGAUGUGCUUUGGUGAGAAUAAACAAAUAUCAGUUCUUAUCAACAAAGAAGUAAACUAAGAUCGCUGGCCUCUUAACCUGUCUGUUGCCCCUCUCAUUUUAUAUUUUAUAAAGGAUAAUCUUUCCUUGAUAUUGCACAUUUGAUUUCUUGCUUCAGUGCAUUAUAUAGGACAGAGAUAC